CUCGCUCAUAACAACAUGGCUGCAGGAGAACCCUCGAGUGCCAAGGACGGCCCGGUGCGCGCGAUCGUCAUUGGAGCAGGUCAACGCGGACGCAUCUACGCGCAAUACGCGACCGAACGCCCCGACCUAUUCCAGAUCGUGGGCGUAGCCGAGCCUCAAACGUACUGGCGCGAGUUCAUGACGUCAACGUACAAGAUUGCACCAGAAAACGUGUUCUCGGACUGGAAAGAAGCCGCCAAAGUGGCCAAGUUUGCGGACGCUGUGAUCAUUGCCACCCAAGACGCCAUGCACGCAGACAACGCGGUGGCAUUUGCCGACUUGGGGUACCACAUUCUGCUGGAAAAGCCCAUGGCCGUGACAAAAGAGGAUUGUCUGCGCAUUUACGAAGCCACACAGCGCAACAACGUGAUGCUGUCCGUGUGCCACGUCAUGCGAUGCAGUCCCUACUCGCAGAAGCUUCGCGACCUGUGCGGCCGCAUCGGCAAAGUGGUCAACAUCCAGCACUUGGAGCCCGUGGGGUUCUGGCACCAAGUGCAUUCGUUCGUCCGGGGCAACUGGAGCCGCCAGGACACGGCCACGUUCAUGCUCAUGGCCAAGAGCUGCCACGAUAUCGACUACAUCCACUUUCUCAUGCAAAAGGACCCGCGCGCCGUGAGUUCGUUUGGAUCGCUCUUGCACUUUCGACCGGAAGAAAAACCAGCAAACGCAGGCGACCGAUGCCUCGACUGCCCCGUCGAGUCGUCGUGUGUGUAUUCUGCCAAGCGCAUGUACUUGGACGAAUGUGAUAUUACCCUGCCUGACAUUGAGUCCAUUGGGGAGGAUCGCGUCACACUGACCAAAAGCAAGAACGGUUGGUAUUAUGGCAAGUGUGCUGCGUCCACCGGCUACACGGCGUGGCCGCUUGAAGUGCUGCAUGAAAGCCCGAAUGUCGACACGAUUACGGAAGCGUUGCGCACGGGACCAUACGGACGAUGCGUGUACUCGUGCGACAACGACGUCGUGGACAACCAGGUCGUGACGUUUCAGUACAAGGACGGCUCCACGGCGUCAUUUACGAUGGUGGCAUUCACCGAGUCCCAGUGUGCUCGGAAAACCAAAGUGUUUGGGACCACGGGGGAACUCACGGGCGAUGGCACGACGAUCCGCCAUUUCGACUUUUUGACGCGCGUCGUGACCGAGUACACGCCGUCGGCGCCCCCCGCGACGUCCAAACUGAGGGGCCACGGAGGUGCCGACUAUUUCCUCGUCGAGAACUUUGUCGAGGGAGUGCGCACCAACAACCCCGAGGUGCUCAUGACUGGCGCCGCGGAAUCCCUCAAGUCGCACCUCAUGGUGUUUGCGGCCGAAGAAGCGCGCUUGAAAGACACAGUGAUUCCGUUAUAAGUGGACAUCGCGCAAUGUAUGUAUCCGUCGCCAUCGGUGGAGAUGUUAAUAUCUGGGAUGUUGUCAACACGCUACAUAUUUGUACAUUGACACUUAUAUGCGGUCAACUUACAGACAACAAAUGCUA